AUGGCCGGCACCUCGCCUUCGAGAGCAGCUAAGUCCUCAUCUAGAAGAAGAUCAACUUCGGCAACCAAAAAUGUCGAUUACUCGUUAGACGAGGACGAUGCAGAACUGAGAGACGAUGAAAAUGAUGAAGAUUACAACGAAGAUAUACCUGAUGAUGAAGACAACGAGGAUGACAACCUCGAACUAGAAAAUGAAAAGGGUGUCAGGGGAUCGACAAAUGGGAGCCGACAGACUUCUCAAGAUCCUGGUAUGACUUUAUCCCGACCAUCAGGGCCGUCCAGACGAGGGAGACCACCAAAACGUAAGAAUACUGCAGUCGACACAACUUUACCACUUAUUGAUAGUUCCAAACUAGAAAAUGGUGGCACGAAUAAUAACAACAACGGUGGUGCUCCGAAGCGGCCACACCUGUCAUUUCCAGUCGAUGAAAACGGGGAUCCUCUACCUGUUGUAAAUGACGAGUAUACGCUUCCUGACGACGCUGAGGGAGACACCAAAAUUAAUAGAGACGGCGAUUUACUGGGUGGACGCCAGUUUUUGGUACGAACUUUUACGUUGUCUUCGCGUGGCGAAAGGAAGUACAUGCUUUCGACAGAACCUGCGCGAGCUGUGGGGUUUAGAGACUCCUACUUGUUCUUCCAGUAUCACUCAAACUUGUACAAACUGACAAUAUCCCAGGACGAAAGAAAUGACCUCAUCCAUCGCGGCAUAAUACCGUACUCGUAUAGAACACGCACAAUCACUCUUGUGGCUGCUAGGGGAGUUUUCAAGGAAUUUGGUGCCAAAAUCAUUGUUGAUGGGAAAAACAUUACAGACGAUUACUAUGCUCAAAGGUUGCGCGACGAGGGCCGAGUUGUAGAGGGAUCGUAUGCACGGGAACCUCCUGCCUCCUUCAGAGGUGGUGCCAAUGGGUUAGCAUUCUCACGUUCGGGUUUCAACCCUGCGAAAAACGCUGUUGAUUUUUUCGACAAACGCAACCACAACAUUGCACCAAGCAGCAACAUCAGCUCUACUAAUUGGCUCUACCAGCAUGCUGCAGCGUGUAGCCGUUUUAACAGCGAUUUGUUCUACGACCGAGAAAGAGUGCUUUUGAUUGAGCACCAAGGAUUGCGUGAUUCUUAUACAAACACCUUACAUCUUCCACAGUCCACGCAAUCUACAAAAGUUUUAAGUUACACGCAAGAUGCGGAUGACAAGCCCGCGGACGGUGGUGUGGUCUAUGAAACCAUCAUAGCAGACAAAGAUUUGACACGGAGAUGCAUUGGCAUUAAAGACGUGUCGCUCGAUAUAUUUGAGGACGUGGUAGACGACGAUAUCAAGCUGGCCAUACUCGAACAGCAACAGUUCGAACGGAACAGCUAG